UGAGUCCCCCCCAGUUCCCGCGAAAACCUCAGUCUUGUUUCCUUCUAUGUCCUUUCUCUCUCUCGCAACCGCUUCUGUGUAAACGUUAUGGUUUGAUAAAAUCACAAAAACAAAUCAAACAGAGGAAAAAAAAAUAAAAAAGGAUCGGAGUGUCAAAUAUGGAAAUUUCAAUUAAUUCUCUGAGGUAAUUUCUAUUAUUAAACAAACGUCGCCGAUGUCUACGACGGAACCGUCGCGUGAGAACAACGAUCAGGAUCCACAACCGACCUCCACCAACGCGAAACAACUGAACAAGAUCCCUGCGAUUCCUUCCCGUCAUCCGGAGAAUGAACCGGCGGCGGAGGAGGAUAAGGUUACGCCGGAAUCAGGUUCGACGAGUCACCACGAUUCGCCGGAGAUUCUUGCUCCUUCUUCCUUAGGUUUGAAUCAUAUCAGAACGAAAUCGUCUCCGGCACCGUCUCCUUUAAGGUUUUCCUCCGGUCAAGAUGAUAAGGACGUCGUCGUCGUCGUCACCAAGGAGAAACCUAAGAUUGGAAUUGUUGAUGUUCGCGCUGAUGCUCGUGCUAGAUGGCCUAUUCCUCCUCAUCAACCCGAUCAAGGGAAAAAAGUUCAGUGGAGCCAAUCAAAAUCUCAACGGGUGCCUGCAAAUACCAAUCCAGGCUUAGAGAGUACUCAUGUAGGUCUUGCUAAAGAAACACAGUCUCCACGUUUCCAAGCCAUAUUGCGUGUAACGAGUGGAAGGAAGAAGAAACCUCAUGACAUCAAGAGCUUCUCUCACGAACUCAAUUCUAAAGGUGUGCGACCUUUUCCCGUUUGGAGAUCUCGAGCUGUUGGUCACAUGGAGGAGGUAAUGGCGGCGAUCAGAACAAAGUUUGAUAAACAAAAGGAAGAUGUUGAUGCUGAUUUAGGAGUUUUUGCUGGCUACUUAGUGACCACUCUAGAGAGCACACCAGAAUCUAACAAAGAGUUAAGAGUUGGGUUAGAGGAUCUGUUAGUUGAGGCUCGGCAAUGUGCAACCAUGCCAGCUAGUGAGUUUUGGCUUAAAUGUGAAGGUAUUGUUCAGAAGCUAGAUGAUAAACGUCAGGAGCUACCAAUGGGAGGUCUUAAACAGGCUCAUAACCGUCUUCUUUUUAUCCUUACUCGUUGCAAUAGGCUUGUGCAAUUUCGUAAAGAGAGUGGUUACGUUGAAGAACACAUUUUGGGAAUGCACCAGCUAAGUGAUCUCGGUGUUUAUCCAGAACAGAUGGUAGAAAUCUCGCGACAACAAGACCUUCUUCGAGAGAAAGAAAUCCAAAAGAUAAAUGAAAAGCAAACUCUAGUUGGCAAAGAAGAUAACCUUGAUCAGAACUCUAGCAGUGGAGCCGAUGGGGCGGAAGUAAAUACUGCUAGGAGUACUGAUUCAGCUUCAAGUAAUUUCCGGAUGUCAUCUUGGAAGAAGCUUCCAUCAGCUGCUGAGAAAAAUCGUAGUGCUAAUAACACUCCCAAGGCUAAGGGGGAGAGCAAAAUCCAACCAAAAGUUUAUGGUGAUGAAAACGCUGAAAACUUGCAUAGCCCGUCAGGCCAGCCUGCAUCUGCCGACAGAAGUGCUUUGUGGGGUUUCUGGGCGGACCAUCAAUGUGUGACAUACGAUAAUUCCAUGAUUUGUCGUAUCUGUGAAGUUGAAAUACCAGUCGUACAUGUAGAAGAGCACUCUCGAAUAUGCACAAUCGCUGAUAGAUGUGACUUGAAGGGAAUAAAUGUAAACUUAAGACUUGAAAGAGUAGCUGAAAGUCUUGAGAAAAUAUUGGAGUCAUGGACGCCAAAGAACAGCAUAACUCCAAGAGCAGUUGCCGAUAGUGCGAAAUUAUCAACAUCCAUUAGACAUGAAGAUCUGGAUGAAAUAACUCAGAGAUGUUCAGUUGAUAUGCUUGAUUGCGUUCCUCGUUCAGAGAAUACAGUUUCUUUGGAUGAGCUGACUGUCUUGAAUGAAGCUUCAAUGGCCAAUGGAACAAAGGAAUCGUCAGCAGGAAGCUUGACACCACCAUCACCAUCAACACCGAGGACAAGCCAAGUCGAUUUACUACUAAGUGGUCGAAAAACAAUAUCAGAGCUGGAGAAUUAUCAGCAGAUAAACAAGUUGCUAGAUAUUGCUCGCUCUGUGGCAAAUGUGAAUGUAUGUGGAUACAGUUCAUUGGAUUUCAUGAUUGAGCAGUUGGAUGAGCUAAAGUACGUCAUUCAGGAUAGGAAGGCAGAUGCCCUCGUGGUUGAAACGUUUGGAAGACGCAUAGAGAAGCUACUACAGGAAAAGUACAUUGAACUUUGUGGAUCGAUAGAUGAUGAAAAAGUAGAUUCGUCUAAUGCCGUGGCGGAUGAAGAAAGCUCAGCAGAUGAGGAUACAGUACGAAGCUUACGGGCAAGCCCACUUAAUCCACGUGCUAAAGAUCGAACAUCAAUAGAAGAUUUUGAAAUUAUAAAACCAAUUAGCCGUGGUGCAUUUGGAAGAGUAUUUCUUGCCAAAAAGAGAGCCACCGGUGAUUUGUUCGCCAUAAAGGUUUUAAAGAAGGCUGAUAUGAUCCGUAAGAAUGCUGUUGAGAGUAUCCUAGCUGAGCGGAACAUCCUUAUAUCAGUUCGUAAUCCAUUCGUGGUUCGGUUUUUCUAUUCUUUCACAUGCCGGGAGAAUCUUUAUCUAGUUAUGGAGUACUUGAAUGGUGGAGAUCUCUUCUCCUUGUUGAGAAAUCUUGGCUGCUUGGAUGAAGACAUGGCCCGCAUUUAUAUUGCAGAAGUUGUUCUUGCUCUGGAGUAUUUGCAUUCUGUAAAUAUCAUUCACAGAGACCUCAAGCCAGACAAUUUGUUGAUCAAUCAGGAUGGUCACAUCAAGUUGACAGAUUUCGGGCUUUCCAAGGUUGGUCUUAUCAACAGCACAGAUGACUUGUCAGGUGAUGCAUCACUGGGAAACAGUGGAUUUUUUGCAGAUGAUGGAACAACAGCUCAAAAUUCACAAGGAAAAGAUAGUCGUAAGAAACAUGCAGUUGUUGGAACUCCUGAUUAUCUUGCACCUGAAAUACUUCUUGGAAUGGGUCAUGGUAAAACUGCUGAUUGGUGGUCAGUCGGUGUUAUUCUUUUUGAGCUUCUGGUGGGCAUACCUCCUUUCAAUGCAGAAACCCCACAGCAAAUUUUUGAAAAUAUAAUCAACAGAGAUAUACCAUGGCCUAAUGUGCCAGAGGAGAUAUCUUAUGAAGCACAUGAUCUAAUUAACAAGUUGUUAACUGAAAAUCCUGUUCAAAGGCUAGGGGCAACGGGAGCUGGAGAGGUGAAACAACAUCAUUUUUUCAAAGAUAUUAACUGGGACACGCUUGCCCGGCAAAAGGCUAUGUUUGUGCCAGCAGCUGAACCACAAGACACUAGUUACUUCAUGAGCCGGUAUAUAUGGAACCCGGAAGAUGAAAAUGUCCAUGGAGGUAGUGAUUUUGAUGACCUUACAGACACAUGCAGCAGUAGCUCCUUCAACACACAGGACGAAGAUGGUGAUGAGUGUAGUAGCUUAGCAGAAUUUGGAAAUGGACCAAACCUUGCUGUGAAGUAUUCCUUCAGCAAUUUUUCGUUCAAGAACCUCUCACAACUCGCUUCGAUCAACUACGAUCUUGUUUUAAAGAACGCGAAGGAAUCAACAGAAGCUUCGAACCAAUCAGCCCAUCGACCCGAAACAUGAUGACUAACAUGUAUGGAUCAUCAUAUCUAACUCGAAGAAGCGCUGAUUGGUUCCUGGUUCAAACCAUAAAAGAUAAGUUAUAAUAACUUGGAAGCAUAGCAUAGCUAGGAAGCAAAAGAGCUACAGAGAUUUGAGUAUGAUAUUAAUUUAUGUAAUUACAUGAUACACAUAUUGAAUUACAAGAUUUUUUUAAAAUUAAAUAUAAAAAAUUCUUGAAUUUGUAUACAAUAUGUGUAACCUGUACUCUGUUUUAUUAUAAUUCCAAACGUAAGCUCUAAAAUGUAUCCGUUAGUUCCAGAUGAAAUCUGUGACAUUAAAAGUGCAAAGCACGUAAUAUAGUAGUUGAUUAAGGAAU